ACUGUGUAUUGUUUCAGGAUACAUUGCAGUAGCAGCAUAUCAGAAGAGUGCCGAGGCCUUAGUCUACACUCAAAAGUUUGGCCGGGAUUACACUGAUCCCACAAAAUCAGCAGUUAAGUCACAAAUCCAGUGAUUCAAGCAUUUCCAUAGAGGAAACUGGGGCUUGAGUGCCUUUUUAUAGACUCAGUUACAAGUUUAUUAGGUCCGCGUAGCAAAAACUAACCCGGUCUAAUACACAGCCAGGCAAUCAAGGAAUUCGAAUCGCUGACAUUAUAGGUACCCAUCUGAUAAUGAGACCACAUGCAGUAAUUCUGGGAAGUGCUUGGGUUAUAAAGUCACCAGAUUUAUAGGUGUAAUCCACUCACAGGAUAUAGAGAAGCCCUGGAGGCAGAAACACAAACAUAACAGUAUAACUAGCAGAGACCAUUAGUUAAACAUGUCCACCGGCACACACACGGACAAGCAAUUACCCAAUGUAUCUAGGACGGUAACAUUGGUUUUGUUUAAUCCUCUGUUUCCUGUAUUACGCACACAUAUACACACAGGAGACUCACAGGUAAGGCAGUGCACCAGCAGCUUGAGACAGAUGAGAAGCACACAGCUGGUGGAGGAGGAGUGAAGGCGACCUGAAAUGUGAUCACCGUCUCCAUUCAUCAUGAUACCUCUCUUCUACGGCAACAAAUCGGACACGGCUAAAGGAGAGGUGCUUCUGGAGUUCCUGAACCGGUCGAGAAUAUUCUGCAGCCAGUUUGAGAAAGGCCAGUGGUACUGCUACAUCCUGCUGGUUCUCUUCUCUUUUGCAGUUCCUGUGGGGAUCCUGGGAAACAUAGCCGCUCUCAUCAACUACUCCUGCUCCAGGAAAGCCUUGAGCACCAGCAAUCUCUUCCUGUUUAACCUGGCGCUGUGCGACUCAGCCUGGAUCCUAACGCUCCCCUUCACCCUCUACUUUGCCUUGCAGAGGCCGUACCUCAAAGACAUACAGAUCUUCUGCCAGUUCAAGAAGAUCUCCUUCAACAUCAACAUAUACGGCAGCAUCCUUUUCCUCACUCUUAUCAGUUUUGAUCGCUACGUCGGGACGGUUCACCCCAUCAGCUCUCUCCGCUGGUGGGAUGUGGGUAAAGCCAAGCUGUGCUCAGUGUGCACAUGGGUCGCCUUGAUCCUGAGUUCCAUUCCCGACUUAUUUGUAACUUUUGCUAUUCAACGACCACAAAACGUCACUGUGUGCAUGGACCACAUCCAUGGCCCUUUUGUCUAUGUCAAGAUAAUCACCAUCCUCAGGACAAUAAUAGGCUUUCUGCUGCCCUUCAGCAUCAUGCUGGCUUUUUACAUAAUGACAGUUCGUGUUCUGAGGCGUCUCCCGAGGGGUAGAAGGCACGCAGGGGCCCAGCGGGCAGGAGGGAAGCCCCUGCGGCUCAUCACCGCGGCCAUACUCGUCUUUGUGGUUUCCUUCGUGCCGUACCACGUCAUGAUCAUCACCCUGGUGUUCAUGAGGAUCAAUAAGCAGGUCACGCCAUCCAACACCAACAUCCUCUACGCCUUCUAUGAGUUCUUUGAGGCCAUGUGCAGUGUAAGCAGCUGCCUGGACCCGGUGCUAUACAUCGUGGCUAGUGAGCAGUUCCAGAAGAAGCUGCUGGCUCUGAAAACACACCGAUACAGGAGGCUGUGCUGCAGGGCCAGCAGGAGGGUGGGAGUAAUUGGGUGA